AGCUAGUAUAACUGUCAAAGUCUCUAAAACUUGAAUUGGCUGAUGCAUUUAUAUAAGCUACAAUGCUUAUUGGUCAAUUCAUUUUUUUUAAUAUAAAAAUAAAAUUAUACGCGAGCUGUGCACACUUUUUUUUUUCUUGUUGAAAGUUUAUGUGGAAUUCAAUUGCAUUAUGAACAUUUUAGAACAUAGAAUAGCAUCAUUUCAUAACUCGAUAACCAAAUGGCCUUAUACGAAUAAAAAAUAUCAUAAAACAGAAACCUUUGCAAAAGCUGGAUUUUACUUUCUAACUCGACCCAAGUUACCAGAUACAACACGAUGCUUUUUGUGUGAUAUAGAAUUGAGUCAUUGGAAACAGGGACAAUCACCUUAUAUACGUCAUGCUACUGAAUCACCAUCUUGUCCUUGGGUCAUUCUUAACUUUCCUGACGAUCCUACAAAACGAUCAACUAUUAAACUGCAACCCCAACAUCCUAAAAUGCGUGCUGCUCGAUUAGCCACAUUUAAUUCACAUAAUUUUUGGCCACCUGUGAAAAGGGAUGUUGCUGGAAGACGAAAAUUUUUAGCUUCAACAAAGUUGGCAGACGCAGGCUUUAUCUUAUCACCUACAUCAGAUAAUAAAUCAAGAGUGAAAUGUCCUUAUUGUCAAUGUUGUAUCAAUACACCUAUAAAUGAUAUAGAUGCAUUAAAAUCACACAGUCAAUUUAAUAGUGCAUGUAUAUUUUUUGAUCAAUCAAACAAUGUGGGAUCAAAGUCUUAUUCUUCCCCCCCAGAUAUGUUUGUUAAUGGUUGAAAUAGGAUGUUGAUGAUAACGAUGAUAAUGACUCGACCAAGAAAUGUAAAUCACCUGAUUCAAAUGGUGAUAAUAAUUCAACCAAAAAACGUAAAUCACCUGAUUCAAAUGAUGA